UGCCCCGACCCGCGACCCGUGAUCAAUUACCCGACCUGGACCCGCCCUGCCACGGGGCGGGUCUGGGUACCAAAAAACCCGCCCCGGACCUGCCCCAUUGCCAUUCCUAGAGCCAUGGAGUCUGCUAAGCGUAACAUGAAGAAUGCCCAUGACUCGGUCAGCGAGGCGAAUAAGGCAAUGCGGAAGCUCGAUGCUGAUCUCGCGAAACGCCAGAAACUCAGGGAGCGGCUUGAGCAACUUCGUGCAACACGACAAGGGCAAGGAGAAGAAACGAUAGAGGAAAUAUCUCUGCGUGGCCGAAUCGAGCAGCUGGGAACGAGGAUUGAAAUCUGGCGCAAGGACAUCGAUUUAUGAGAGACGAUGGCGAAUGAAAGCUAUAAUCGCGCUAUUGCCGUCGCUAGACUCGCAGCAGAAGAAUUGAAGCAGGAAGUUCUCGCUCUGUACCAAGCCACUGGCACUCCUCGCUCUGUACCUGACCGUCCAGUCGCUGGCAGCAACCCGCCAAUGUUUUCGGCCACCGGAGACCUUCCCCAAUCAGGUUCAGCAGCCAAACUAGAGGGGCAGCACUUCUCAACCUGAGUGAUGAUGAUUUCACCGGCCGUCAGCCUCCUCCUCCCUAGUUUCUUCACACGGAAGGUAACUUUCUAACCAUACAAUUUGCCUUAGGAACUUCUUAGAAUAGUCACAAUAACAAUUCUUCAAGGGAGGUGUGGGGUCAAAUCUGGAAACCAUGUUCUGCACAUUCAAGUUUGUGUGGUACAUUUGUUGUCAAAACAUAUAUGCUAUAGAAUGCAUCUCAUAACAAUAAAAUUAGUGUUUGUUUGAAGCAGAUAGUGGUAGGUGAAAGAACAACAGGUCCUAGAAAUAAUGAAGGAUGAGCUGAGUAAAACUAAAAGAGAAAUGAGUACAAAGAUGCAGCAAGCUAACAAAGUUACAAUGCAUAACUGAAUUUGAUAAUCUCAUGAAGCACUGUGUAUGUAAAGGACCAAAGGGUACCUUUCAAGCACUUUCUCGUUUCUCUUGUUACAAUUUACUCACAUGCUUAGUAUUGACAGCCGAAAAGCUAUUUAGAUGGAUGAAAUAGGACACGAAUUUGGUGAUACUCGGUCUUAUUUCAGACCCGUUGCCAUCACUGCACAUACUGGAAACGAUAAUAGUCUGUUACGUAACAUAUGGCAAAACAGACUUGGUGGUUCAAAAAUAUGCAUACCUUUUCAAGCACUUUGCUGCAUACUUUUCUUGCUUCUAGGAUUGGUUGCAUGCAUUGAAACUAUAGGGCCAGAAGCGCAAAGCAGAACCCAUGAUAAGCAAAUCAUUUUUUGGCUCUGUACGAUUUAACCCUUUUUGCUCUCUUCUCCAUCCUCCUUUGCUGUCCCCUGCUUUAGGAGGUUGGCCGUUGUCUUUCCUUGCUUCAUUCUUAGAUUAGGUUCUUCCCGUUUGUUUGAUUUUUAUUCCCGAACAGUCCUCAUUCUCAGCAGAUUGGCUAUGGUUUAACUGUCCUCCUCUCUGAGGUCUACCAGGAUUUCCUUCUGUCGGCAUUAGUAAUUUACAGGAUUUCCUUCUAACCGCUUGUUAUGCUACUAUGUUAUUCUAAUCCCUCUUACUGUUGUGUUCUUUUUCAUGUCAGCAGCUCAGUCUUCGGGUGCAGCGCAAGAUGAGUGUGUUUGUUCUUGGAUGGAUGAUGGUAGAAUUGUGCAUUUGAAGUUGGUGAAUGGGUUUGGAUAGACACUAUAUUUUGACGUUUAUGUUUGCGUUUAUGGAUGUUUAUGUGCGCAUGUCUGCUACUUGAAUGGUGUUUCAUUACUCUAGUGAGGACUAAACUGUGCACAGUGCUAUUAGGACUACACCGUGGAGAGCUUUGACUAAACCGUGGAGCAACUUGCUAUUAGGGCUAAAAUGUGCACAUUUAAGGACUAAAAGACCCACCACCCUAUUACGAGACUCGGGGUCUUUACUAGUUAGAAAAAAGACAAAUAGAAGAAAUAUCAAUAGAUAUAAUAUAAUAAAUUGAGAUAGAAUUGGCCCAAGAACGAGAGAGAAGGAGCAGGACGGGACAGAAGUGGAUUUUUAUGUCUCGUUCAAACUAAUGAUGGUUAUGUAAUAUUUGUACAUUGCGAAUUAGGUCAAACAAUAUUCUACGAGAUUGAUUCAAAUUGUCAAUCCCUAGCUACUUGAGACUCAUGCAACAAAGUCGUUUAACACAAAAGCAAGUGAAUUGUGUGACAAUAAGACAUCGUUAAUUCG